AUGCGACGAGAUAUCGAGCCAGCAUCGGCGCAGAAAGAGCACCUUGUACCCCAGACGACCCCCGAUCAGGGUUCAGCCCGGGGAAAUGGGCAGAUGGUUCUUCGCCAGACCUCAUUUCAGUCCAUCUUCGGCGGCGCAUCCGACAGCGUGGACGACUGUGAGGCGGACUGCGACGCUGCUCAGCAUGGGCCCCACAGUUACGCCGGUGCAACCUCGACUCCCGCAAAGCUUGCGGACGAAAAUAUUGCCCCAUUCCUGGCGCGACACAUCCCCGAACAAUACGCUCCUCUAGGCCCACGUACCGUCCAACCCAUCGACCUCAGCAGCGCCAACACCAAGUACUGCUAUCGCCACCGACCAGACCUUAAGUGCCGACGCCAAGCGGACGAGCCGUCAAUGGACAAGUUGCAACGGGUGAGUCUACUCGGCGUGAAUCCCACGCCCGCCCCUCCUUCCCAUUCUUCCGCCUGUUUGACUGAGCUGACCGUGGCCCAGGAACUCGAAACGCUCCCCCAGAGUGACCAGCAGGGCAUUGCUCAUGUCUGGUCGCUCUUCUCGGCCGCUCCGGCCAAGCACCGAAAACUGAUUCUGCAGGGCAUUAUGUCUCAGUGCUGCUUCCCCCAACUCUCCUUCGUGUCGGCAACGGUGCGCGAUCUGAUUCGAAUUGACUUCCUCACCGCCCUACCGCCUGAGGUCUCCUUUAAGAUUCUCUGCUACCUCGACACCACGUCGCUCUGCAAGGCCGCGCAGGUGUCGCGACGCUGGCGCGCUCUCGCCGACGACGACGUAGUCUGGCAUCGCAUGUGCGAGCAGCAUAUUCACCGCAAAUGCAAGAAGUGUGGCUGGGGUCUGCCUCUGCUGGACCGCAAGCGUUUACGGGAAUCGAAACGCGAGAUCGAACUACGUGCGACCACUUGGGACAUCAACGGCUCCCCGGCUAGCCCCGCCCCCGCCGACGAUGCCAGCAGUCAGUGCACUGUCACCGAGGACACGAACUCAGCCAAGCGAAAGAUCGACUCGAGCGACGAUGAAGACGACAUGGCGGCCAAGCGGCAAUGCUCGUCGCUGGUGACCCGCUCCGAAACCGACGAGGAUUACUUCAAGACCCGAUACCGACCGUGGAAGGAAGUUUACAAGGACCGAUUCAAGGUGGGCACGAACUGGAAAUACGGACGCUGCUCCAUCAAGACCUUCAAAGGACACACCAACGGCGUCAUGUGCCUGCAGUUCGAGGACAACAUCUUGGCGACCGGAUCCUACGAUGCCACCAUCAAGAUCUGGGAUACCGAGACCGGGGAGGAGUUGCGCACUCUGUACGGCCAUGAAUCCGGAAUUCGGUGUCUUCAGUUCGACGACACGAAACUGAUCAGUGGCAGUAUGGACCGCAGUCUGAAAAUCUGGAAUUGGCGAACGGGCGAAUGUAUCUCGACUUACACCGGCCAUCGAGGCGGCGUCAUUGGUCUCCACUUUGAUUCCACAAUCCUCGCUUCUGCCUCCGUCGAUAAGACGGUCAAGAUCUGGAACUUCGAAGACAAGUCUACUUGCCUGCUGCGGGGACACACUGAUUGGGUCAAUGCCGUCCGAGUCGACACCACCUCUCGGACCGUGUUCUCGGCGUCGGACGACUGCACCGUUCGACUGUGGGACCUGGACACCAAAACGUGUAUCAGAACUUUCCACGGCCAUGUGGGACAGGUCCAGCAGGUGGUCCCUCUGCCCCGUGAGUUCGAGUUUGAGGAUCACGACGCCGAAUGCGAGAACGAUAACCUCAGCACGAUUUCGGGCGACACGGAGCCCGCCUCCCUCCAGGCGACUCUGGGCCUAGAGUCGAACACUCACAACUUCCAAUCCUCCCCCUUCGGACCUUCCUUCGACAGCGGACGUCCCACGCCGCCCCGCUACAUGGUCACCAGUGCCUUGGAUUCGACCAUUCGCCUGUGGGAGACCACCACGGGCCGGUGCCUGCGUACCUUCUUCGGCCACCUGGAGGGUGUGUGGGCACUGGGUGCCGAUACUCUCCGGAUCGUUUCCGGGGCCGAGGAUCGCAUGGUCAAAAUCUGGGACCCGCGAACGGGCAAAUGCGAGCGCACGUUCACCGGCCAUUCCGGCCCCGUUACCUGCAUCGGCCUGGGUGACAGCCGCUUUGCGACCGGCAGCGAGGACUGUGAAGUCCGCAUGUACAGUUUCCAGAGCUAA